AUGAGAUGGUUCAAGCGAUCGACCGAGUCGCCGAAACUGCUCAGCCUGUCCCCGCUGCGACAUUCCGAGUCCGGGAAUGUUUACGGUAAUGAACCGACCGCUGGAUACCAGCCGCAGCAGCAUCGCCACCGCCACGACGAUCGGCUCUUCGCCGGAACGCUCCGGCGACGCAGUGCCGGUGAUGAUCUGUGUGAAGAAGCAGAAACGGCAGGAGUCCGACCGAUGAACGGUGGUCCCGUCGGCCACGGGUUCCUGGGUUCGAAGACGACCGGCCGGUCGGAGGGUUACCGCAUCGGAGGGCUGUUGCAAGCGUCGGCGGUCAACCUGUCCAGUUCUUCGCCCUCUUCGGGCUCGGGAAGCAGUAGCGGCAGCAGCAGUACGACCGGAUCUUCCCCGACCAGCACGAGCAGCACCACCUCGAGCAGCUCGAACACCACCUCCAGUACCUCACCGUUCUCCUACACCAGUGACAGCAGUGGCGGUGGCGGCGGAGGCACGGCGCACAAAGUCCUGCAAUCGGGCACGGCAACCAUACCCAGAAAGUCCCGCAUCGAUCUUUCGCCCGUCAACUGGGCCAAGCGGAGCGGCUCGUCCGGUAUCAACUGCUACAGCAUCGAGGAAGGGCGGGUUAUCGAACGGCCCAAAGGUCGCUACGUCUCGCCGGUGCGCAUCAAAAACAAGCACCAAGUGGUGAACGGCGGCUCCACCAAUACCACCAGUCCGACCGGUCCGGUGACCGCGACGAGCGAGCGAGGAACCACUACUGCAACGCCGGUUUCGCGAAGAAUUUUGCAACGUGCCACCACCGCCACCGAUAAGAGCUGCUGUUCCGCCGCCGGACUCGGAGAUGGUACCGCGAGCGACGGUAGAUUCGAGAGCGGGAGUGUCACCGCCACCAGUACCUCACUCUACAAACAGCUGAGCCGAUCGAUCGGCAACAUCGUCGACACGCUCGAGAGUCGCAGCCCGUCGCUCAGCCAGCGGUCGGUUCCGUACCGGGAGAAGAAGAAUCCGCUCGGCAGCACGCGGCUCUCCUGCUACCAGCAGCCGAUCAGCCUGGAGCAGCCCCCGGCGGCGGCCGGGCACGCCUCGAAAGUCACGUCACGGCAUCCGUUCUACAAAUCGGUUGACGAUUUAAUCUUUCUCAGCACCACCGCAGCAGACGCGGCAAGGCAGGAAGCCGCAGACGACGAUAGCGUGACCACCGAUCAGCUGCAGCUGCAUCGCUUGGGAUCACCGACAGAGGGCGCCGAUAGAGCGUGUGACGCAGCUCCCGAGCCACCAAGUCCGGUCGGCAUCAAAACAACGUGCGGUGGUUCCACGAUCGCCGCUGCUGCUGCUGCUGCUGGUAUUGGUGACGGCAACGGGCUAUUCCGCACGCUCGAGCGACGUCGCUUAUCAUCAGCCUCCUGCGCCUCCAGUGUGGUCACGAUCGAGCGGUCCGACACCGUGGAGGAAGUCGGCGUAGCGUCAGUACCAAAGAACGAUCCGUCCGCGACGGCGAUGGAUCCGGCCGAUCACGACGAAACGUACGGCUUUGCGCAGAUGCGCACCAGCCUCGGACCGAUCGAGGCCGCCUACCAGCAGCGGCUGGAAGCGCUCCGGAAUGAAACGAUCGCGUCGGCCACCGGCACGCUGCCGGUGUUUAAGACUCCAAAGAAGAAGGACAACUUCACCAACAAGAUCCGGGCGAUGUCCGAUCGGACGCAGAAGCUCUUUUCGCGCAUAUACUCCACCAACAGCUCCGCCACGGGUGGCGGAGCGUCACUAAAGUCCGGCACCGUCGGGGCGUACCAUCUGUCGACGACGAAGUCACUGAAAAAGUCACCCUCGAAGCUGUCGGAAGCGAGCCGUCGGAGCGUCAGCUACGGAGCCCUGCCCGGGCUGGCGGACUUCCAGCGGAACAUGAGCACCAAAGAGCACCAGGACUACGAGGACGUUGAGGAGCGACAGCAUCAGCAGCCGCAACAACCACCACAAUCGAUCGACGACGUCGACGGGGAUCUGUUGGUGAGCGGGGCGACCGUCAUCAGCCUCGGUGGCGGUGGCGGUGCUGGGUCCGUUGCUAGUGGCCACACCGACGCCGAGGACGGGGAUUCCGGCAUUCUGGUGAACGAGUCCGGUGCCUCGUCCAUUCUCGAAACGGACGAUGUUUUCCACGACUCCGGAACCGGCGGAAUCCCAAGCAUUCCCUCAAAGGCGGCCUUAACCAGCGGGUGCGGUACGGAGCCGACCGAGUUCAAGCUGGUCACCAUCCGGUUGGACGAGCCGGAGAGCGGUGCUGGUGCUGAAACGUUCGACGAGAACGGCGGAACGGGAGCACUGGGCAUCAUUGUCACACCGAUGGCCAGCCCCGACGGUGAAGUCAGCAACCGCUACAAGGUGGCCCACGUUCUGCCCGGAGGGCUUGUUUACAGGGAAGGUUCGAUACAACCGAACGAUGAAAUUGUCAACAUCCUCGGAAAGCGGCUUCGCGGGCUGUCGACGCGGCAGGUCCAGGACCUACUGAACGGUUGUACACGCCGUGGCGCCAGUGGCGGGGGCCGCUCCAGUAUCGAUCUUGUCAUUUGUCGCAGUAGGGCAAACGGCACUGAUCACGAUUCUGACGAUCAUCAUCAGCAGCCGCAGCAGCAACCAUCACGUCCACCGUCCGUCAGCCGGCGGCUCUUCCGGAACAGCCGCAAAACGUCACUCGACUCGUACCUGGAGGACGAAACGCAGCGCGACCACAGUGGCAGCGAGACCGGAUCCGAACAGGAUACCGCACACUACGCUUCGAUCGCCAUCAAAAUCGAUGGAAACAAGUACAACACCCUCGGGACACCGAGGCGCACGAAGCAACAACCGCUGUCGAUGGUGGCGUGCAAGCAGCAGCAACAGCAGUAUGGAGCACCAUCACCAACGAUCCCAUUGGCGUCGGGAUGCGACAAUAUUCCGGGCACGGAGGUGGAUUCCCAGCCACCGUCGCUGGACUGUGCCAAGCGGCGUUCGUUCACGAAAAACACUCCCACGGCCAACACAUCGAAAGUGGUACGCCGUUCGUUGGUUGGCAAGCAAACCACUCAGCAACAGCAAGUGUCGCCGAGCGGCCAACAACCCCAACUGGGCACCGCCAAGAGCACCAUGAACCUGUGCGACGACGAGAAGCUUGAGCUGCACGGCGGCAGUGGCGGCGGCGGAGCGUCGGACGAUGCGGAAACAAGCAGCGGCACCAGCUCGCUGGCUGACCUGGACAAGUCCACCAGCAACUUCUGCACGCUACCCCGGCGGCCCAAGUCUUCGCUCUGCUCGUUCCACACGGUCAGCUUCCAGAAGGGUCCAGGCAAGAAGUCACUCGGCUUCACGAUCGUCGGCGGGCGCGACAGUCCCCGCGGCGCACUCGGAAUCUUCAUCAAGAGCAUCCUGCCGGCUGGCCAGGCCGCCGAAGAUGGCCGACUGAGGGCCGGUGAUGAGGUGCUGGCCGUCAAUGGGCAAGUCUGCCACGAUUUGACCCACCUCGAGGCGGUCAAGAUGUUCAAGAGCAUCAAAACGGGCGACAUCGUGUUGCAGCUGUGCCGGCGAAACAAGUCCGCGCACCGCUCGAUGGACAUCGAGGCGUGUUGAAGCAAAAGGAACACGGGACGGGAUUUCUUAUAACAAACUCCGGAAAAAACAAUGUGUGUGCGUGUGUUUAGAAAGACUUAUUAGCGUGUAGGGCUUAUGUACAGAACUACUGGAGAAAUGGGGCUUCAUAAGGUGCCACCAGGCGCGCCAGGAUUUGUGUAAUAAACGUCUACGUCUAAUCGUCGCACCAGCGAUUCGUCUAUAGUUUGUGAUAGCGAGGCGUGUGCGUGUGAUGCGUGAUGUAGCAACAGAAGAGGACUGUGUAAUAAAUGUA